GAUAGCCCAGCCUGAAGUUUUAGGCUCCCUGUGGCCACGCCGCCCUUUGAUGGGUGCCUCGUUGUGCCAGGAAAAAAAAAAAAAAAAGGAAAGAGAAGGAGUGGGCAGGUCUAGGUGAAGUCAUCCCAGUAAAGGUUAAUAGCUGGGAGGUAACACCUUCUCACACCACUGAAGAGAGAAUGGUUGCCCCCAGCUGCCUGUCACAGUACUGGGAGUAAGAGGUGACCUAUUUAUUUUUAGAAGGGGACAGUCAUCAUAACCUGGCUCUUAGCUUCAUUCAAGGCAGGCAGGUGCUUUGGAAGUUUGUAAACACCUACUUUCUGAGUAAGAGAGGAGAGCUUUUUUCCCCAGAGGAGGGGACUUGACGACCAGGGAUCUUCCCUCCUGCUACUUGCUGGUGAGUGGAGAACAAGACUUUCUAGCACACGAGGUCUGCAGCCCCGUCCACUCGGUCAGUGUUUUUACAGGGCAGAAAUGCCUGAAGCUGAUGACUUUGGACCAGGCCAAAGAUGUCAAGCUCUGUCAGCUGCUGAAGACAGAGCUGUCUGUGCCCAUGAAUUCCUUUAUGGAAUUUAAAGUCUAAUGGGGAAGUCAACAUGACAGACAGAAAUUAACGACAAUUGAUAAUUGCUACAAAAGAAAAUGAGAAGAUGCCAUGCCUGUCAGCAACAGCUCCUUCUCACCCUGCUUUCUCAUGGGUGAACUGGAGGUGCUCCAGUCCCAGCCUUGCAGCUGGGAAGUUAUCAAUUCCAAACCAGAUGAAAGACCCAGGUUCAGCCACUGUAUUGCAGAAUCAUGGAUGAAUUUCAGCAUAUUUCUUCAAGAAAUGUCUCUUUUUAAACAGCAGAGCCCUGGCAAGUUUUGUCUCCUGGUCUGCAGUGUGUGCACAUUUUUUACAGUCUUGGGAAGUUACAUUCCUGGAGUUAUACUCAGCUAUCUACUGUUGCUGUGUGCAUUUUUGUGUCCCCUAUUAAAGUGUAAUGAUAUUGGACAAAAACUAUACAGCAAAAUCAAGUCAGUUCUGCUGAAGCUAGAUUUUGGAAUUGGAGAAUAUAUUAAUCAGAAGAAACGUAAGAGAUCUGAAGCAGAUAAAGAAAAAAGUCACAAAGAUGACAGUGAAUUAGACCUUUCAGCUCUUUGUCCUAAGAUUAGCCUCACGGUUGCGGCCAAAGAGCUGUCUGUGUCUGACACGGACGUGUCCGAGGUCUCCUGGACUGACAAUGGGACCUUCAACCUGUCAGAAGGGUACACUCCACAGACAGACACUUCUGAUGAUCUUGACCGACCGAGCGAAGAAGUUUUCUCUCGAGACCUUUCCGAUUUUCCAUCGGUAGAAAACGGCACGGGAACAAAUGAUGAAGAUGAAUUCAGCCUUGGCUUGCCCACUGAGCAAAGGAGAAAAAAAGAGCAGUUGGACAGCGGUCUCAGAGCGAGCGGAGAGAGGCAGUCGGCAGCUGGUCUCACCCUUCCUUUGAGCAGUGACCAAACCUUUCACUUGAUGCGCAACCUGGCUGGGGACGCCAUCGCGGCCGCAGUGACAGCAGCCAUCAAAGAGCAGUUGGAAGGUGCGCAGCAAGCACUUUCUCAGGCUGCCCCCAGCCCAGGCGAUGACACAGACCCUGAGGAAGGUGAUGACUUUGAACUACUUGACCAGUCAGAGCUUGAUCAAAUUGAGAGUGAAUUGGGACUUUCACAAGACCAAGAAGCAGAAGCACAGCAAAAUAAGAAGUCUUCGGGCUUCCUUUCAAAUCUACUCGGAGGCCCUUAGUCUGGGAAUCAACUUGUUCAACACAGCACAGAUGAAACUACCAAAAAAAUUCAAACAAGCAAAAAAAAAAAAAAAGAAGAAAAAAAGAAAAGGAAAAAAAUUUUUUGAACUGUGAGCUUUACUGAUUACUUCAGAUUUUUUUUCUUAUUUUCCCUUCUGCAGUGAAUUAAUUGGGUAUAUAUCAGCUGAUACUGAUUUCCUAUAGUUAUUUUUAUGUAAUAAGCAUGGAAAUGAACUUUAUAUACAUAUAUAUACAAACUGUGUUGUCAGAGAUGAAUAUUAGAGGUUGUUUUUAAAGCAAAAACACCAAAUUAUUGGGAUCCUCCUAUAAGUAUUCCUUAUUUUUUUUCUUUACAAUUAAUUUUUCAAGCAUGCAAAAACAGUUUAUUGUAACUCACUGAUAUAGUAACAAUUAGUUGUGAAUACAAGGAGUAUCAGCUCCUUUGUUACUGAUACUUGGAAACAGUUAAAAAAUUUUGGUAGAUUCUGAUUUAAAAAAAACAAAAAUUAUCAAGUUAUCUUUAGUUGAAGGACUUGGGAAAUAUUAUCAAAAUUAAUUUCCUAGGAAAAAUUUUAAAAAUAUAUUUAACUACUCUGCAUAGGCUGAUACAUUUCCAUGUUACUUCUGCAGUUAUAGACUUAGGCUUACCUGUAGUAAAUGGCAUGCUCCAUGGACUGCCAGCUCUGGUCUUGGCAAUGGGUGAUAUUAACCCAUAGAAAGCAAGUAAUUAUAUAUCACAUAGACAGUGGUUUUGAUGUAAACAGAGACUGGGCUGUGUUUUGUUGUUCAAUUGUCAUGUAUUUGUGAUAGAGAUGUUGUAAAGUGCGGGUCUAUUCUGCCUGCUCAGACCUAAGUUAAACCCUCAUCUUUCAUGUUAUGUCAUAGAAAACGUCUCUUAAAGUUGUGAAGCUAGUUCCUGGUAUGUUCUAGGAGUGAUGCUGUCAUCAGCAUUAGAGAAACAGUGACUGUUUUCGUAGUCUGUAUGGAGUCUGCAACAGGAGAGAAAUUUGCUUGGCUUUAAGGUGUAUUUAUUUGCUCCUGAAGUCUAAAUAUGUCAUCUGUUUCUACUGGGAAGCCAGAAUAUAUUUUUCCUUUAUUUUAAACUUUUUAGAUCACCUUCAAAUAACCAAAUUUGACUUAGGCUUUUAACAAAGGGUUUAGCAGAAAUCAAGCUAAUUUUGUUUUUGUAAUACAAACUUUUAAUAGUGUUGAGGGACCAUGUCAGCCAACUACCAACAAUCCCUUCAAUCUUCAGGUACAGCUGGCAUUUCUACAGAUGCAUACAGACAUCUGAGACCCUCAGAAAGGAAGGAUAAUCCAAGAAUAUAGGGAAUCUGUGGUCCCUUCCCUUCAUUUUAUUCCUUUCCUUAUAUUUCUAAAAGACAAUAGGUAAUCUGAUGUUUUAACGUAGCAUCUCUUAUUUAUUUUUUCUUUCUGAGGUAUUAAAAUAUCUAGACUGGAUUUUGCCAAAUCUUAAAGGGAGAAAAGUUAUCGAGGACUUUGAACACUUGCUUUUUUGAGUUGACUAUGCUUAAUAUGUUGUUAGUGCCUCAUGACUGUGUUUGAUGUCCUUUAUCGAUACAAAGUGAGCCUGUGCCUUCAUUUUCUUGCCCAUUUUGGUACAAAAACCUGGUGUUAGAUCUAUGAACUGUGUGGGUUAGGGAGGAAUAUACCUGAAUUCUAUUCAAUACAAGUUUCUGGACAUAAAGAAAAAUACAGUCACAUAUUUAUAAAAUA